AUGGACUUACUUAGCGCUGAAGAUUUGGCUUUAGGAAAGCAGGCAAUAAUUAAAAAACCAAUGAAAAGAGAAAAACGCCGUCAGAGAGAGAAAUAUGAAUUAAGGCAAAACGAAGCACCAUCUUUUGCCCCAGUACGUCGGAAUUCUUUACUUAUGGCAUUAAAUAUUGGAAGCCCUCAUAAUUUACCUCGAUUUAAAACACUUCAGGAUAUAAUUGAUGCAAUGAAGGAGGUCUUAAAUUUAAUUAAAGUUUUGGGCAAACUUUGA